UGUGUAUGUAAGUGUGAUUGGUUCCGAGAAAAUAAGCGUACUUGCUGUCUAAAAGGUCCCGCCAUUGCAUUUUACAUUGUACUGCAUCCUUUGGUCAUUAUUCAAUCAUCAGCAAAAUUUUAAAGCUUGGUGGCGAGUAUGUGAUAAAUGUUUAACAAUAGAAUGCAUCAAAACAUUCAUUCACUGCAUACAUGCAAAUAGUAGAAAGAAAAUAAAAGCUGGCGACUCAACGACUUCCUCUGCUACAGAGUUACAAAUUUCAACAAACGCUGCGACGGCGAUUGUGAAAGAAAGAACAAAAACAAAAUACUUCUAAAAGCGGAGUAUGCGGGUGUGUGUAUCGAGCAACACUGGCAAUCACACCUACUACAACGAAACAACAACAUUGCAAAAAACUGAGUCUUCCUCUGACUAUCAAAUUAAAGGCAUUUUAAUUAGUAACAGUCAGCGUGAAGUGAACGGUCUGUUUUGAAAAGCGUGUACCAAAUAGGUGUUCAUUGUAAUAAUUGUGAAUAUUAUCAGAUGUAAGUGGUUUUAUUAGGCGCGAAUUUAACAUUCACCGCAGAACGGUAUGAUUUUUAAAAAUUGCAACGCUGUGCAUCAACCUGAUCAACGCGUCGCAGUUAACGUCGCAGCAGCGUUUCUAUCGCUGCAGCCGUAAUUUUUUGUUCGUUUCAACCCGUCCGCGGUUCAGAGGAGUGGAGCGAGACUUUUUCAAAUGCACGCAGAAUCCUUCCGGAUGUAAAACGUGAAAUCUUAAAGAAGUUGGUGAAAGAAAAUUAUUUAACACAUUUUAGUGGGACCAUUAAUCGGAAAAGUUUAUUAACAAUUACGUCAACGAGUGCCAAUAGACUUUCAACCAUCCGAAAUAAAAUACUUGUUGAAAGUGGUAAAGAAUAAAAUAAUAAAUUUUGUAUCAAAAUAAACAAGGAAUUGGUUCAGACAUUGCCAGAUUUUAUAACUUCAACGCGAAAGUACUGUCAAUAGAUACAUCAACUCCAUCCUUAUAGGCAACCACACGAAUAACAAUUGGUAGUGCCUUUGUUACGCCAACAACUAAUUCGAAAUUAUUAAAAGUAGGGAAUUACGUUACAUUUCCCUUGUUAUGAAUAAGAAUAUCGUUACAGCUCCGGCGCCAAGUGGUCCGGCCACUUUAUCAACUCCACUUCUUGAACCGCAUCAAACGCACCAACCGUAUACAUCACAUUUUAGUGGAAACUCACUGAUUCAGCGUUUGCCAUUGCAAAUCAACGGGGUUGGAACAGCUGGCAGUAUGAACAUGGGCGGUGGAGCUAAUGGCGGUACAAUACUAGUAAGCCCUGCCACCAACAAUGUUAUAACAACUGGCGUAAACAAUAACACCACUUUAGCACUUGUGCCCCAAAUGGCAUUAAUUACGUCAGGUGUUAGCCCCACAUCGCUUCAAACCAGCAUUAGCGAUUUAGAAACAAUGCAAAUCUCAUCUGCUUCGCCAUUGAUUAGUGUAAUAACCAGUGCCAACAACACCACCAACACUCAACCUCACAACGCCAACUUUCUAAUGUCAACUGGGGUUCAGAAUAGUUCUAUUUUGUCGGGAUCUACAGCUUCCGUGCCGAUUAAUUUCAUUCGGACUGUUGCAAAUAGUAGUGGAGGCAUAUCCGCUACAAACAAUACGGGAAUCACUGCAGGUGACACAUAUAACACUGCCCGAGGAGCAGUGGGGGAAGUGCAAUCUAACUCUGUGAUCCCCGCUUCCAUACUCAUACGCAACAGUCAGCAGUAUCAGCCGCAAGCAAGCGCCAAAACGACUAGUGUUAGCCAUCAUUCCACAUCGCUAACGGCCUCAAAUCAGGAGCUUGUUAAACAAAUCGUAGUUGGUAGUGCGGCAAUAAAUAGCGUAAUAACGCGUGCCCCAUCGACAAAUACAAGUAUAACCAUUAAUUCUUCGCAAACUUUGUUAAAAUCGCCAUCAGCCGUAAGUAACGUUGGCGUAAUGAAGCAACAAAAUGCCGCCAAAAAGCCCGCAACAGUACUUACUCAAGCUCAAGUAGUACCAACGGUGGCAGCUACAACAAACUCAACUGGCGCAACACAAACUAUGAAAAAGCAAUUGCAGCAAACAACAAAUAUUUUUCAAAUUCCGAAUACUGCUAAACUCCCUUUAUCCGAACCAUACAGAUCCGCAGAUAUUGCUUCAAGUGGAUCAGCUCUAAAUAAAAUGCGAAGUGAGUCUGGUGCAUUUAACUUAGACUUGUCCAAAGAGUCUCGUCAAGGUUUACAUGCUCCAGCGUCUACCUCAACAAUUGAAGCGUCUAAUCAAACGAGUAGCUCAGUUAUCAAAACGGUUUCUAUUAUUGCAUCAAGUAAUAAUGCGCCGAAAAUAAAGAUUGAAACUGGAAAUUUCAAACAGAACAAGGCAUCAUGCUCAUUCGGAAACUCUUCUGCGGGCAGUGGCGGCUCUUUUAAAAUGGAAAUCGAUUUGACUAAACCCAUUCUGGUACAGGCGAAGCUUGUUGAAAAGCAGGAAUCUCUACUUAAAGCACGCCCUAUACAACGUGUUAUCGAAUGCAGUACAAGUCCGCGUUCGAAGAGAUCUAAGUCACUUAGCUGUGGCUUCAAAGAAGCACAACAAACUAAUGCUCCCACUUUGGUGAAACCGAAACCAAAAUCUGAAAUAUCAUCUCAACAUUCAUUGUUAGAGCGGCGUCACUCAACUGCAUCUGAGGGUAAGAUGGCAAAGCAGAAAGGCAGCUCACCUCGGCAUAAAUCAACUUUGGAGUCAAAGGGUAAUGUCACUGUAAACAACUACGAGAUCAUCGAUCUCAUCGAAUAUAAUGAUGAAGAGCACGAACUUAAGGUCGAAUUACCACAGAAAAUAAAUAAAGAGGAACAACACAAAAACAAAGAGCUGCGUGUAGACACUGAGAUCGUUCGGAAACAACAUGAGUUUAAAAAGGAAAUAAAGUCUUCGCCAACAUCAGUUGAGAAAGAUGUGAAAUCUUCGGAAGUUAUUGAUGCAAAAUACAUCCCCAAAGACGUUGCUAAUAUAGGAGCAUUAAACAAAUCUACAUUGGCAUCCACAAUUACAAAAUGUGCCGAAAAGAAAUCUGAACUGCUACCGAUUAACAAAUAUAUGAGUAACGAGCAGAAUGAGGAAUCAUCAACAAAAAUUGAAGUGGUUAUGAAUGAAGAUGGUACUCAAGCAGAAGGACCACAGGCAGUAUUUACUAAGAAAGAAGACGUUGUUUCUCAGGAUGCUGUGGAGCACACUCAAGAUUCAUUAGAAAAAUCUCUUUAUUGUGACGAAAAAAUCUCCCUCAGCUCAACAUCGUCUGCAUCUACCUCUUCCAGUCGACAAAGUCUACCUGAUGAUAUUGUAAUGCUUUCGUCAUCACUCUUCCCUACCAAAAGUACAACGUCCAAAACAAACCAACCUAGCACAUCUGCAGCGGCUGGCAUUACAGCAACGGCGCCGCCCGCUACUACGCCCACUACAACUUCUGCGGAGGACUCUUUAUCAUGCGGAAUAAGCAUGUUGUCGAACUUCAAUAUGCUAACCUGGAAUCAGCGUAUAGGCAGGGCACGUGGCACUAAUAUGCGCUUUCAGUUGAACGAAUUUAAUCUUAUCGAAAUAAACGAACGUUGCUUUCCACGCUCACGCAUUCACACCGCUUACGAAAAGCCGAUUUUUGAACGAGAAUCUGUGCCGUACUUAAGUGAAAAACACGAUGGUUUACUGUAUUUGUGCAGACGCUGUAAUUGUCAUGGGCCCGCAUUAGACUUUUUGGCACCUGAAUUUUGUUCUUUAGACUGCUUAAAACGUGAGUCGCGUAAGCGUCGACACGAAGAGUUUUCAACUGUUACCCGCAAGCGCAAAACCCAAGAAACAUCCGCUCCAGUUGUUUCCAAAAAAUCUUUCCGUUGGUCAACUUACCUGCCAGAAAAGUUCAAUGCUAUCGCUGCACCUGUGAAUCUUUUCAUAAAUCCAUUCCCCACUGGCCCUAAUCGUUUUCAGAUUGGCAUGAAAUUGGAAGCUAUUGACCCAGAGAAUUGUUCACUUUUUUGUGUAUGCACUAUUGUUGAUAUACAAGGCUAUCGCCUGAAGUUAACAUUUGACGGAUUCGAAUAUAUGUAUGACUUUUGGGUAAAUGCGGAUUCAAUGGACAUUUUCCCCCCUGGCUGGUGCGCAAAAACAAAGCGUGUGCUGCAACCACCUAAGGGAAAAACUGUAGAGGAAUUUAACUGGCCAGCGUAUUUGCAGGAAUGUAAAGCUGUAGCAGCCCAACGUAUGCUAUUUACUCACUUGAAUGUCUCAUUCGGUACACAUAAUCCUUUCAAGAUUGGCAUGCACUUGGAGGCGGAAGAUCUGAACGACACUGGGAAACUAUGCGUUGCAUCGGUCUCAGAUGUUUUGGAUAACCGCAUACGGGUGCAUUUUGAUGGUUGGGAUGACUGUUACGACUAUUGGGUGGACAUAAGCUCGCCUUACAUCCAUCCCUGUGGCUGGCAUGUGGGUCGGCAGCAAUUAAUAGUGCCACCCGAAUUUGAAAAUGCCACCUUCACCUGGACAGAUUACAUACAAAACCAUGGCAGUGGUAUGGCCGCCACAGAGGAGAUGUUUUCCACUCGCGAUCCAAUCGAUUUCAAGUCGAAUAUGAAACUGGAGGUGGUCGACCCACGGAAUCCUUCACUCAUACGCCCUGCAACAGUGGUCGGUCGUAAAGGGCAUCGCGUUAAAUUACAUCUUGAUUGCUGGGCCGCUAAUUAUUGUUUCUGGUUAGAAGACGAUAGUGCCGAUUUACAUCCUAUUGGUUGGUGUGAAGCAACUAGUCAUGACCUAGAACCUCCACCGGGCUAUAAAAUGCGAUCAAGCAAAUUGGUAUGCUCCACAUUCGGGUGUCGUGGCAUUGGGAAUGCCAAACGUCUCUACCUAAAUAGACAUACUACGCAAGAUUGUUGCCCAUAUGCACCUGAAAAUUGGCGUCAGAAAGGUGAAAAACCACCGCGUUUGGAGCAUGACGAAAUUGUACGUGCGACAACUGGUACUAAACGUGAUAUAAAACAACAACAGCAACAACUAUAUUGGAAGCAACCGCAGGCACCAAAGCAGCAGCAGUUGAAUGAAGCUGAAAUACUGCAGCAAAUUCAGCUGCUAGAUACAAUUAAAACACGCCACGUUAUUCAGCAAGAAAAGCAACAACAUAAACAAACCGUACAGCAACGCGUACAUAGAAACAGCGCCGCCCCUAUGGCAUCUCAGCAGCAGUCACUAAUUAAAACAGAAUCUGCUAGUAGACCCGCUGCAUCAAUAAUAAAAGCCUAUGAACCGUCCGAUACCACAAAUGCUAUUGAAGAAUCUACGUCGUUGUUAUUGCCGCAAAUAAAAAUAGCUAAAGAAUUUCUUUGCGAUUACGGACCACGUCUGGAGCAAAACUACAAUCUUUGGCAGCGUAAUGUCGCAUUCGACAUGCAGCGUAUCAAGCGCAAUCCUCUGCUGUGGUCCACCAAGGACACAUGUGCGUUUGUCCAAUGUGUUUUGCGGGAUUCCGUUGCAACAGAAAGCUUUUUACGUGAAGAUAUAGAUGGCAGCGCGCUCCUGUUACUACAGCAAUCCGACUUGUCAGAUAUACUCGAAUUGAAAUUGGGUCCCGCGGUGAAGUUGUACUCAUGCAUUCUUCAACUACGUACACUGGCCGUUCUUAAAUUUGACGUAAAGUUAUCAAACACGUCAAGCAGCAAUUAACUAAUAAUUGUAUACAAAGCAUAUUAUACGUCAUAUGUAUUCAAAUUCUAUUUUCGUAUCUAGCUAACAGAUAUGUAUGUAGUUGUAAUUAUUACAUUUUAUGUAGUAAACUAAGAAAGACAUUCAUUAAUUUCGCCCUCAACGUUGUUGGUAAAGCAAUUACGUUUAAAGGAAAUGAAAUACACUUUGUUGGUAUACUUUAAGAUUUCGCUAAAAUUGUCUUAUUAGUCGUGUUAAGUUAUUUUUUAAUAAUUAAUUUGCCAUAUUAAUAGAGAUGCGUGAUUGAUUACACAUGGAUUAGAAAGUUCAUUUCGCACGCGCCCUCUACAAAAUGUUGCCUAUUCUUAAAUGUUCUAUAUCGGCAUGCUACUUGAGGUGUAUGUGCCCACCUGGUGCAUAAAACUCAUCUGUAAAUACAAGUUUACCUUGUGUAGAUUUUCUACUGUAAAAAAUGAACUAUCAUGGGAAUAAAUAUAUUAUUAAAUAUUAUUUUGUA